AUGGCGCCAGAAAGGUUGUUGUUCUACCAUUGUGGCUUCACACUCAAAAUAUGUAGCAGUAAGCUUACAGCACUUAGCCUUUUUGUGUUCUUCAGUAUUGGAUUAGCCAAUGCUGUUAGGGUGACUAGGUACUCUAGUUCUCAAGGAACGGGUGCAAGAGAGGGCAAUGGUGGCGCGCUAGCGAAUGGAGCUGGCUCAGGAUCCGGAAGCGGCUCUGGAUCCAGUCAGACUAGUGGUGGUGGAUCCUAUGCGAGUGCUAGAGGUGGUGGCGGCGGCGGCGGCUGGUCACAAUAUGGUGGUUCUGCCUUUGGUGGUGGAUCCGGCACAGGAUCUGGCUCUACUUUAUCUGAACAGGGGUCGUCUUAUGGCUAUGGUGGGACUACAAGUGCUGGGGGCAAUGGUGGCGGUGGUGGUGGCGGGCAAGCUUUAGGCAAUGAGGGCUCUAGUGGAUAUGGUGCAGGUGGUGGCAAUGGAUCUGGAUCUAGCGAGGCAAGUAGAUGCUACUACAAUCCAUAUGUACCAACAUAUGCCAAUGCAAAUGCUGCGGGUAAUGGUGGUGGCACAGGAAACAGUCAAAAAGGUGGGAGUGGUGGUGGUAAUGGUAGUGGUUCUGGGUACGGAGAUGCAGACCCUUAGAAUUUCUUAUAUAAUCUCAAGUUGAGCCCAAAAUAUGUUAUUUCACUUUUGUUCUAUGAAUUUUUUUGUACUUCUAUUUUUCCUUUUCAUGUACGACCGGACACGAACU